CUAUCCAUCAUGAUGUACCCAAAGUUUUCACUCGCGCUCACGGCCCUCUUCCUGCACGAAGCAUGGGCGUUCUCGCUGCAGUACCCCUUGUGCCUGGCGGAGCCCGUCCUGGCGCUUGACGCUGGAAGAUCCACCCUCUCUGCCGUCGUCCAUUUCCCAACGGAGACACGCUGUGAGGCCACCCUGUACUUCUCAGACACCUCGUUUCUCCCGAUCCGGUAUACCUUCAAGCCACUGUCCUGUGAUGGAGGGCAGGUCCUGAACUUUAAAGUACCGGAGGGAAGCCCAAACGGGGACGUCGACGUGAUAUGGCAAUGCGCUGGCUUGGCCCCAAGCUGCAACCACGGCGUGAUCUCCGGGGGCCGUGCCGACUCUUCCAUCCCUUCAGAAGCAGAUGGCCAGGUUGGCUGCCUGGUGGAGACCUUUGAGACAAAGACGACUUUGGCCACUGUAACCAGAUCGUCGAGGACUUUUGUAGAAACGGUGCCCACUGUCCUCGUUACUUCGAGCACGAGCUUCCUGUCCGCACCGACCGAGACCAAGACUCAGAGUUCAGGGCCUCCGGAUACAGAUAGCACCGAGCCAGCAAAGAGUACGGGCCCGAGCACCUCCGAUGGGUCCUCCGCCGCCUCUGGGUCCUCCACCGCCUCAUCGGCUGUAGAGACCCUCGAGGUGCCCAGGGAAGAAGCCAAGACUACGUCUACGGAACGGCAAACCACUGGAGAUGGUGUGUUUGAGAGCACUGCUUCGAAGAUGUCUACUACUCUCGUACCUGCUCUCACGGCCUCGAUCGUCUCCACUCUCACGGUCUAUCAUACCGUAACGGCCAAGUGUACGGCGUCGUAA